UGCUUCCAUCAGCUUUUUUGGCUCAAGAAAGACCAAAACGGUGCGUAGUUUACAACAGUUUGCAUCAGAGAGAGACACGCGCGCACAUUAGCCAAACCCACUCACUACACCAACCGAAAUUCUUUAUUGAAUAAUUCUUCUUCAUCUUCUUCGUUUUCCAACCGCUUUUGCCUCAGUCAACGUUUCUCACUCAUCGGUUUUGUUUUGGGGUUAGAAGGAGAAGAAGGGAGGGGAGGAUUUUGAGAGGAAAAGGAGGACAAUUUCUCUACCAUGUUUUGUAAUUUGUUUUUGGUGGAGACUUAUGACUAAUUUUUAUUUUGUUAAAAAUUUAAUUUUAACACAGGUGAAACGCAUGGGAAUGGAUAGAUUUGGUAGGUAGCAGAAAGUGUAUCGGUGGAGGAGAAGAUUAAGUUUAGGGUAAUGAUAGAAAGGAUGGAUGAUGGAGCUCAAUUUGGUAAUUUCUGGAUAGAGGAAAUUAAUGGGAAGGUUCAGACCUCUGUGAGAAAGAGAAGGAAAUACAAACACAAGAAAAAGGAAUACAAUGGAUGGGGAUCAACUUCCCUUAUUAUUUUUCUCGAAUCCAUUGGUAGAGAUACAAGUGACAAGAUAACUCAAAGUGAGGUCACUAAAAUUAUAAGUGAUUAUGUUAACCAGAAUAACCUUCUUCAUCCUACGAAAAAGAAAAGAAUCGUAUGUGAUGAGAGGCUUCAUUUGUUGUUCGGAAGGAAGAGCAUUAGCCGGUUGAAGAUUAGUGACUUGCUUGAGUCACACUUUGUGGAGAACUGUGGAGAGUCAUCUGAAGAUAUUAUAUUUGACUCAGAAGAUGAUGAGUAUGCAUCAGUGUGUGAAACCCCAAAAUCAACUUCUUCGGAGAGGAAGAGUCAGCCGAGGAAACAUGUUGUGGAAAAACCAAGGAGCUGUUUUGCCGCCAUCAAUCCUUUCAACAUCAAGCUUGUUUAUUUAAGAAAGAGUCUAGUUGAGGAACUUUUAAAGGACCCUGAAACUUGUGAGAUGAAAGUAGUUGGAAGCUUCAUAAGAAUCAAGUGUGACCCAAAUGACUACCUUCAGAAAAACUCACACCAGCUUCUGCAAAUCACAGGUAUAAAGAAGAUCUCAGGAGUGGAUGGGGAAAUUCGCUUGCGAGCUUCAGGUUUCAUUAAAGACAUCAGAGUUCACAUGCUUUCAGAUGAUGAUUUCUCUGAGGAGGAGUGUGAGGAUUUGCAAAGAAGAGUAAAAGAUGGCUUGCUAAAGAGACCUAUGAUUGUGGAUUUGGAGGAACAGGCUAGAUUAUUGCAUCAGGAUAUGACUAAGCAUUGGCUUGCAAGAGAACUUGCUCUGUUACAAAAUCUGAUAGACCGAGCAAAUGAAAAGGGAUGGCGAAGAGAGCUGGAUGGAUACCUACAAAAAAGGGCUAAGCUUAAGAGUCCGGAAGAACAGGAACGGUUAUUGCAUGAAAUUCCUCGAGUUAUUGCAGAUGAUCUAGAAUCAGAAUCUACGACACCAGAUGCUCUAGAUAAAAAAGUUGAAAUCAAUCACCAAGAGUUGCCGCAGACUACGACACCAGUUGUUCCGGAUAAAAAAGUAGAAAUCAAUUUCCAACAGUUGUCACGGACUAUGACACCAGUUGUUCCAGAUAAAAAAGUAGAAAUCAAUUUCCAAGAGUUUUCACAUACUACCUUUACAAAAGCAUCGGUAGCGACUGAGGUGUCUAAGGAAGUUGUAUUAGAUUUUGCGUGCAAGCCUACAAAACGGUACGAGAAACUUCAGAGUUCAGAUGAACAGGAAUGGUUAUUUCAAGAAACUCCUGGAGUUACUACAGAUUAUCUAGAAUCAGUAUCCAAAACACCAGAAGUUCCAGAUAAAAAGGCAGAAAAUAAUACACAAGGGUUUUGGGAGACUACUUUUACAAAAGCAUCUGUAUUGACCGAGGUUCCAAAAGCGGUUUCUAAUGGUUUUGCAUUCAAGGCUACAAAACUGUAUGUUGCCGAUCUAACAAAACAAGAAAGCGAGUCACCAAAGUCAAUUCUCAGUCUUAGUAGACCAUCAGAUGUUCCUCUUUUCAAUAUGGCACUAAAUAGCACUGCAUUGAAUUGCAUUUCUCAUGACACUUCUGCAGUGCCCCAUUGGUCUGCUAUGCCUGUUCAACAGCAGCCAGUGAAACAAACUGACUCUGCAUAUAAGAACAAUGGGGCAUCUAUCCCAGCGGAAUCAAAUGAAGCUAAGAUCAAAGCAAAGAUCUCUCAAAAACCAUUGGACAAGCCGAUACGGCCAACUCAGAUUCAGGUCAUAGAACUGAGCGAUGACGAUGACGAGGAAAAUGAAAAACCAAGCACCAUAAAACCGGUUCCUGCCGAGGAUUUGCACUCGUCAAUGUGGCAUUACAGAGAUCCUCAGGGACAGGUACAAGGACCUUUCUCCAUAACUUCUCUAAAAUGUUGGAGUGAUGCUCGCUACUUUUCUCCAGACUUCAAGGUUUGGAGGGCAGGCCAAAGUCAACAUCAAAGUGUACUAUUGGUGGAUGUUCUACCCAAAUAUUUUCCCCGCUAAUCAAGUUUUAUAUAAGGUAUCAGUAUAGUAUAGUUGGGAUGUCGGUUAUCAUAGUGAUGCUUUUGGCAUACAAGUUUUGAUUUAAAAAAAAUGAUGUUUUCCAAAUCAUGGUCAAUAACUCGGUUUGAUUUUCAAGCAACCGACAACCUGUGACUUAUAAUUGUAACUUUACUGUCUCAAAUUGCUUCUGAUGUAUUUUGAUCCAGGUCAAUAAUUUGAUUCUUAGGUAACCUUCAACCUGCAUCUUUUUGUUGUAACUUAGAACUCAUCAAGUUCUUACUAUUUGGUUGUGUUGCCUCUUUCCUUCC